UUGGAGGAAAGUGUUAAAUCGCAUCUGUUCAUCUGCGCAUGCUCAGAAGGUCUUCCCGUCUUAUUAAUUUUUAAUGGGAAAUGGCUGCGUUCCUUAUCCAGAUCUCCGCUGCAUGGAAAUCCCACAUAUAUACGCCUUUCAUUUCAGUAUACAGCAAACCGAUAUUGUAAUAAUUCAAUCCGGGAAGGUGAAUCGGGAUCCUUUGUGAGAAAUGAAUGGAGUCAUGCUUUGAAGGAUGAAAGAUCUGUCCUUUUUGUUUUUAACCCUCUGCUUCCCGUGAUCCACAAACAAUCGAGACGAUGAUGCGGCAGGUGACCACCAGUGACUUCUGCAUGAGCGGCCGGCCGUCCUGCCUGGCGGAGGACUCCCACCACCCCGCCUCCCACUUUGAGCUCUGCGCCUCCCAGUCCAACAAGUUCUACCCCUCCCCGCACCCGCCCUCGCUGCAGAUGGGCCUGGGGCCCAUGCCGCCGCUGGCCCCCCAGAGCUCACACAAACCCCUCGCCUGCCACAGGCAGGACGCGCUGGGAGACCCCCGCUCGCCGGGACCCCCGCAGGGCUCGGGCAUGGGCAUGGGCAAGGCCGGCGCCGAGCCGCAGCCGCAGGACCUGAAGAAGAAGAAGCCCCCCGGGGGGAAGUCGGGCCGGCGCGGGCGGCCCGCCGGGACCACCAAGCUGGCGGGGUACCGGACCAGCACGGGGCGGCCCCUGGGGACCACGCGGGCGGCGGGCUUCAAGACCAGCCCGGGCCGGCCGCUGGGAACCACCAAGGCAGCGGGGUACAAGGUGAGCCCCGGGCGGCCCCCCGGCAGCAUCAAGAGCCUGUCGCGCCUCAACAAACUAGCCUACGGCACGUGCAGCGGCGCCGCCUUCCCCUACCCGCUGCCCCAUAAGGACAGCCUGUGUGAACCCUCCUGCAAGGACAAGGUAGCUAAUGAUUAACCCGCCGGCCCCUCACCCCACCUGGGUGUUGUCCCGUCAGAGCGGUCUUCUCCCCCGGCCCUCACCCCACCCUGGGCUUUGUCCCGUCAGAGAGCCCUUCUCCCCCGGCCCCUCACCUCCUCGGGGGGGGCAGUCCCGUCAGUGAGCCCUUCUCCCCCGGCCCCUCACCUCCUCGGGGGGCAGUCCCGUCAGCGAGCCCUUCUCCCCCGGCCCCUCACCUCCUCGGGGGGGGCAGUCCCGUCAGUGAGCCCUUCUCCCCCGGCCCCUCACCUCCUCGGGGGGGCAGUCCCGUCAGUGAGCCCUUCUCAUCGGCUCUACUUUGAGAGAUGCAUGCUAUAGUUCUGCUGUCAGAAACGGGCCAUGAUUGUACAUUUGUUCCAGUCUGAGAUAAGGAAGUGUGCCGUUGCUGUUGUGUUUUUUUAUAACUGUUUUUGUGUCGUCAUAUGUGUGUGUGCUCUGGUCAUGUGACCAUCAGGAUCUCAUUUCACCGUUGAAUCUAUCAGCGUCAAAAGACGAUUGGUUUUAAAUUCACCUUGGAAAUAUUUUAAUAUCUGAUCGUGCAGCCAUUAAAACUUAAUUUGGUCGGUUGAUAUGACAUCCACUGCUGUGUGACACCAUCUGUCAGUGGCUGGCUCUGCUGAGCAUGCUGCUACUCAGCAACCAGUCCAGUUUAAGCAAGUAUUUUCCGUGUUGUCGUUGUUAAUGUUGUUUCCAAACGGCCUUCUGAUUCUAGGUGUUGUUUCUGUAGGUCUGAAUACAGCAACAUGCAUUCAUUACCUGAACCUGAAUAUAAAUAGACUUCCACAUUCUAUAGGGGUUCUAUUUUCAAUUACCUAACUUUUCAACAAUGGUCCAACUAUAUUUAUUGUUCCGUAUGCAGUUUUGCAUCACAUUAAUUUAUACAAAAAUCGAAAAAAGUGUGAAUCUAACAAGCAUGACUUCAUCAUGAAAUGCAGUUUGGCUAGGGGUUGAGGACAAGGAGCUAUUGGCAUGUAUUUAGAGUAUUGUCCAACAGUAUUAAGACUUGAUAUACUUAACCAGGUAUUUAACCCCUUCUUCCCAACACUUUUGUUGGAGAAAAGGACUAUGCCAAACAUUUUCAUGAAUCAUUGAGGAGACAAGUGGCAGCAUUCUGCUUUAAGAGAAGCCCUAAACACGAAACUCCAUCCCCAUCAUUUGUAAAUAUUUAAUUGUUUCUUUUUACUUUUGUUUCUAGACAAUUGCAAUAUUAUAAUUCUGAUGUUUUUUGUUUUAAAUUUUUGUAUAAUAUUUCAUAGAGUAUUAUGAAGGCAUGUCUCACAUUCUGCCACCCUAUCUAUUCUAAGGUUGGAAAUUGCUGUAUAUUAAUUAUCUACCCUGAAGCAUUUUCUGGCAAACGUCAUUGUCAGGUUUGAAACAUGUUUUCACUAAGUUAUGGCUCAACCCUUUUUCAAACGCUCAUUUAAGAAGAACAGAUAAGAGAUUUAAAGUUGUUAAAGUGGAAGCAAAUAUGUGUAUGGUUGGCUCUAUGUGGUGACAUAAUUAUUUUACAUCGUUGUACUUAGAUUAUUAUUUUGUUGCGUGUGUGUGUGUGCGCGCGCUUGCGUGUGUGUGUUAAUUUGUGUGUGUGUGUGUGUAUACAAAGCUGUCAACUGCUUAGGUUGAAAUCUGUAGACAUGCUUUUAACCGAUUGCGACCCAAAACACCAUUGUCAUCCACCUCUACCAAAGAUUUGUAUCUUUUCUACAAGCUUCUAUAAAUUCUCUGCUAGAGUGUUUUGAUAACUUCUACUCAUCUACUGUAUUAUAAUCGUGUGAUUCGGGGGAUACCCAUGUGGCGAAUACAAACGCAGGUCAUUAAGGAGCAUGUGUGGGAGGUUUCGUCUUUUCCAAGGAUGUUUGCAAAAGUAGUCUGGGCACAGCUGGCUAUCAAACCCAGGAGCUAUCAGCCAGGAUCUGAUCUCCUCCCAACCUCCUUCGCACUCCCCCCCCCCCCCCCCCACACGAUGAAAAGGGUUUUCCGGCCUCUGUUGAACGAAAGUGAAUCUGACCAAGGAACUUGUUUAUGCCAUACUGCGAAUGAAGACGCUUCGUUGUACCAUGAAUAAAUAGCUUGUUUAAAUAGUGUUGUUAAUGCAUUAUAAAUCCAUACCUAGGAGCAAUGUAUGCUUCCACAAUCAAAUCACAAUUUUAUAUUCAAACGUUUUUACUUACGGACACAAUUACAUCUCUUUUUUUUAUGUAACCAAUAUGUAGCUUUAAGUUAUUUACACUGAUGGAAGUUGCUCCUGUUCACAUUACAUGUCACUGACCUUGGCGGGACACUGGUUUGGUUUUAUAUGAUGUCUGUGCUGUACAACAUAUAUACAUAUAUAUCCUUUUUUCCCUUUUACUUUUUUCAAGGAUAAAGUAGGCCUAUAACUCAAACGAUAGUGGAUUAUAAGGCUUAAAUCCGUUCCAAAACUUCCAAUUCCCAGCAUCUUCCUUGUUCAUGACAUUGUGAAUCAUGGGAUUCCAUCUCCCCAUCAUACUUCUGGAGAACCCUGACACGUCUAGUGUUAUUCCUCAGUGGGUUGACUUGUUUCACAGGAUCUCCAAAUUUGGUUACAAGACAUAAGCGCUUUUGUGAAUAUAUUUUGUUGCGUCCAACUUUUGUUGAUCUCUUAUGUUGAAUGACCAUACACCUCACACAUAUUCUGUGAGUAACUAAGUUUAAUAGAAAGCCCAUAUAUUUGGAAGUUUUUCAAGGUGUGAUAUCAAAGAGGGACUGCAGUUAAUGGCAACGUUUUUUGAUAUGCCUUUACAAUUUUAAUCCAACACAAUCAAGGGUAAUUACUGAAAUUAAAUUAUGAAAUGUUUAAUUGAUUCACUCACCCUUCAGCAAGUUCUACAAUUUAAAACAGCAGGUUUUAAAGUGAUUUUGAUUAAGAUGUUACCUCACACUAUUGAGUAUUAUCCAGAGAAGAGAAGCCCUGUGAUUAAUAUAUUGUGUAACACGCUCACAUUUAAUUCUUUGUAUAUUCCCACGUUUUUUUGCAUUUCUUUAUUUCUUGCAUGGUUGUUGUGAAAUGUCUAAAGGUUGUGUAAUAAAUUCUGAAUUAAGACUAA